UUAUUUAAUUUCUCACCCGAUCGAAGCAGCUAUAGAAUACUCGGAUCAAUUAAACAACAAAAUGUCCGAAGCACAAAACGGGAACACCAACGUCAAACUCAACAUCAAAGUAACCCGCUCGCCGCCGGUGCUCUUACACCCCGCCGGAGAUACUCCGGAUGGCGGCGACGGCACCUACUUCCUGUCAAACCUAGACCAAAACCUUGUGGUCACGAUGAAGACAAUCUACUGCUACACUGCGAAGGAUGGUCGGAGCACCGAAAACGCCUGCGAGGUCCUGAGAACGUCGCUGGAAAAGGUGCUCACUUACUUCUAUCCGUUCGAGGGCCGCUUUGGAGUGGACGAGGGAGGAAAGCUCGUGGUACGGAUGAACGGCGGCGGUGUUCCGUUCGUGGAGGCGGUGGCGGAGUGGGAGAUGGAGGAUUUGGGUGACGUGUGUUCGGCGGAGCCGGAGAAGUUGGGAGAGCUGAUUUAUUUUCCUCCGGCUGAGAAUAUAUUUGAAAUGCCGCUGUUGACGAUCCAGGUAGGGGGUGUAAACGCCUGCUCCUUAAGAAAACAUUACUCGUCCAUUCCUGUUCUUCGUGUUUAUAUGUCAAAGUGUUCGAAAGAAAAGUUUUCAAGAGAAGCCCAGAGAUUCUGGAUAGGAAAGCGUAGCCUCAGUGGCUAUGAUUUAGCUGAAGCUCUGGCGAUCACAGAAUCUGAAUCUAGCAGAGAAUGGAUCCUUGAUUCAGGGUGCUCAUUCCACAUGCGUCCUCACAAAUACUGGUUCGAGUCACUGCAGUUGGAGAACGGUGGGUCUGUUCUACUUGGUGAUAAUAAAGCUUGCAGGGUAGUCGACAGCGGGACAAUCAAAAUCAAGAUGUUCGAUGGAGCUGAAAGGAUACUGCAGCAUGUCAGGUAUGUCCCGGAACUCAAAAGAAAUUUGAUCUGUCUAGGUAUGCUGGAGUCAAGUGGAUACUCAUUCAAGACAGAGAAUUGUUGCAUUAAAGUAUCCAAAGGUUCUCUCAUAGUCAUGAAAGGAGUCAGAAAGAAUGGACUAGACUCACUAGUUGGAAGAACCGUGAUCGACAACUUCUCAAAUGCAGUUCAAUCAGAACCUGACAGGACCAGACUAUGGUACAUGAAACUGGGGCAUGUAAGUGAAAGAGACUUACAAGAACUGUCCAAGCAGAGUCUGUUAUGUGGAGAUCGAGUCAGCAAACUGGAAUUUUGUGAACAAUGUGUUUUGGGGAAGGCCACCAGGAUGAAGUUCUCUACGGGAACUCACUCAUCAAAGAAACCCCUUGACUAUGUUCACAGCGAUCUAUGGGGGCCAGCCAGAACUCAGACUCAUGGAGGAGGGAGAUACUUCAUGCCCAUCAUAGAUGACUACACCAGGAAAGUAUGGGUUUUCAUCCUUAAAUCAAAAGAUGAAGCUUUUCAGAGGUUCAGGGACUGGCUAACUGUCACAGAAAAUAAGAUGGAAACCAAGCUGAAGCACUUGAGAACUGACAAUGGCUUAGAGUACUGUUCAGAGCAGUUCGAGGAGCUGUGCAGGAGGAAUGGCAUCACAAGACACAAGACAGUCCGGAACACUCCUCAACAGAAUGGUUGGGGGCAGUCUCAGUGCCACUCCGUCUUUAUCUCAGUCUUUUUCUCUCCCUCAGUCCCUGCACUCUAUGCAUCAGGCUACAAUAACUCAGAUUAUGCAGGAGACAUGGAUAAAAAGAGAUCUACAACGAGCACUUAUUCACAUUAUCAGAAGUUUCAGUCAUUUAGAGUAACACGCUCGCCGCCGGUACUCUUACACCCCGCCGGAGAGAAUCCGGCGGCCGGCGACGGCACCUACUUCCUGUCAAACCUUGACCAAAACCUUGCGGUCACGAUGAAGACAAUCAACUGCUACGCACCGAAAGAUGGCCGGAGCACCGAAAACGCCGGCGAGGUCCUGAAAACAUCGCUGGAAAAGUCGACGAGGGAGGAAAGCUCGUCGAUGAACGGCGGCGGUGUUCCGUUCGUGGAGGCGGUGGCGGAGUGCGAGAUGGAGGAUUUGGGUGACGUGUGUUCGCCGGAGCCGGAGAUGUUGGGAGAGCUGAUUUAUUUUCCUCCGGCUGAGAGUAUCUUUGAAAUGCCGCUGUUGACCAUCCAGGUGACGAGAUUCAAAUGUGGCGGCUUUGUCCUCGGCAUGGCGAUGAACCAUUCCAUGGCUGACGGCCUCUCUGCCGUCGAGUUCCUCCAUUCCUGGGCUGCAAUCGCCACUGGUCGCCCACUCUCUCUCCCCCCGUUUCUCGACCGCUCCAUCUUAACCGCCCGCCGCCCGCCGGCUGCCGAAUUCCCCCACCCGGAGUUCUCCGACCUCACUGCCUCUCUCUCCAUUUCCGACCCAUUCUCCUCCCUCCCCGUCAUCCACAAAAGCUUCACCUUUGACGCCCAAAAACUCUCCCGCCUCAAGCUUCUCGCCACAGCCAAUGGCGACUUCCCGCCGCCGACCACCUUCGCCGCCCUCACCGGUUUGGUUUGGCGCGCCCGAACCAAAGCCCUCAAUACCCCGUCGGCCGACCCUACGAAGCUUCUUUUCGCGGUCGACUGCCGGAAACGGCUCAACCCUCCCCUCCCGGUCGGGUAUUUUGGUAACGGGAUCGUCUUCGCCUGCUGCAUUUGCCCGGCCGGGCAGCUGGUUGACAGGCCGCUGGCCAACGCUGUUCGCAUGGUCCAAACCGCGGCUCGAGAUAUCACGGACAGGUUCGUUAGGUCGGCCGUCGACUAUUUCGAGCUGACCCGAACUCGACCCUCAUUGGCUGGGACGCUGAUGUUGACGGAUUGGACCCGGCUUGGAUUUGGAGCUACAGAUUUUGGCUGGGGUUGCUCGGAUCAGACCGGACCGGCGGAGCUCCCUCAGCGGGAGGUGGCGCUGCUGUUGCCACUGAACAACGGAGGUAAGGGAACCUGUGUAGUUCUGGGACUCCCGGCCACGGCCAUGGGCGCGUUUGAGGAUAUGAUGUACUUCUAAUUAUAAAUGCAACAUAUUAUAAUUAUGUUGAAUAUGCAGCAGCUAUUAUUC